AAUUAUUUCGUCUGCGAACUUGAAGCCAAAGCUUACGAAGAUCACCUCGAAAGUACUUGUAAUUUUUGUAUCAGCUGCAUAACUCGUGUACCUUAGGAAUAGAAACAUGCCAGACCACGCCCAAUACUUAACAGCUGAACAGCAAGAUGAAUUAAGAAAGAUAGCUAAUGCUAUUGUUGCACCUGGUAAAGGUAUCCUAGCUGCUGAUGAAUCUACAGGUACAAUUGGAAAGAGAUUCUCCAGUAUUAAUUUAGAAAACACAGAAGAAAAUCGACGAAGAUACCGAGAGCUCCUCUUCUCGUCCGACGCCUGUGUUGCUGAAAAUAUCUCUGGAGUAAUCCUCUUCGAAGAAACCCUGUACCAGAAAGCUAAAGAUGGAACACCAUUUGUGAAAGUUCUCCAAGAUAAGGGAAUCAUUCCUGGUAUUAAAGUUGAUAAGGGAGUUGUUCCCCUUGCUGGUACUUUCUCUGAGGGAACUACACAAGGUCUUGAUGGUUUAUCAGAAAGAUGUGCCCAGUACAAGAAAGAUGGAGCCCAGUUUGCCAAGUGGAGAUGUGUGUUAAAAAUUGGCCCACAAACCCCAUCAUAUCAGGCUAUGUUAGAAAAUGCUAAUGUUUUAGCUCGAUACGCCAGCAUCUGUCAACAAAAUGGUUUGGUACCAAUCGUUGAACCAGAAGUUUUACCAGAUGGUACCCACACACUUGAAGAGGCCCAGUAUGUUACUGAAAAGGUAUUAGCUUUCCAAUAUAAGGCAUUAAGUGAUCACAAUAUCUUUUUGGAAGGUACUUUAUUAAAACCUAACAUGGUAACAGCUGGUCAAGGAUGUACAGUUAAAUAUACAGCUCAACAGAAUGCCAAGGCUACUGUUGAAGCUUUAUCUAGAACUGUCCCUGCUGCAGUCCCAGGAGUGACCUUUUUAUCUGGGGGUCAAUCAGAGGUUGAUGCCUCCAUUAAUUUAAACGCUAUCAACGCCUACCCCGGUCGUAAACCCUGGGCUUUAACUUUCUCAUUCGGUCGAGCUCUUCAAGCCAGUGUUAUUAAGGCUUGGGCUGGUCAAGAUGCCAACUUGGGCAAAGCUCAAGCUGAAUUAAUCAAGAGAGCCAAGGCUAAUGGUAACGCCUCCCUGGGAAAAUACACCCCCGACGGUGAGGGAGAGGCUGCUGCCCAAUCACUCUUUAUUGCUAAUCAUAGUUACUAGACACUACACAACUCAGUGAGCCCUGAUUAGAGUCAACUAUCUUCAAUAGAACAACUGGGCUCUAUCUCAAAAUUGUCAAUUACUAAUUCAUUAAUGCAAUUUUGUUUAAAAACGGAUUCUUAGACGUUAUUCUCAAUUAGCUCAGUGGUUUUAAAAAUGUUUUCAGUUUAAAAUCUAAGUUAUAUGCUAUGCAUAUUAAAAUAAAGUAAACCACAUCUUUCUUAAAGAACAUAAACUAGUGUUGUUCUACGUCAAAAGAAAGGGACCUAAUUCAGAAUAGCGUCUGAUUUCUUUAAAUUAUGAUUUUGUGGUGUAUUAUUUAAUUAUGUGAUCGUUCGAUUCUUGAUAUUCCCUGAUUUUUAUCAUGCUGGCUCUCGUUUCAUGAAAUCUUAGGAUUGAUUAUUUCGAAGGUCUAAUUUCACAUUAGAUUUUUGUUGGUUUUUUAUGAAAACCUUUCAAUUUAAUACAUGUAAAUUUGCACUCGUUUCAGAAUUUUGAUCCCAAGAUUUUAAUUAUGAAACAGGGCUCUAGUCUGUAAAUUUGUCUAGCAUGGACAUAGCUUUGCUUGUACACAUACUAAAACUAUCUUAGUAACUAUAGAAUAGUAGGGUUUCUGUUUUUAGUUUUAAAAGAUGGAGUUCAGAUUCUGUUGUACUAUAUUUGUUCUGUUAUUGUCUAUUUCAUUAUAGUGUUCCUCUUCAGACUUCCUUUAUAUUCCUGUAAUACCACAGUUGUAUGUAACUAUUAGGAAACGGGUUAUAACUUUAGUAUUUGAAUGCUUGCAGAAUAGCUUUAAUUUUAUCAUAAUGAAAUUGAAAGUAGUAGACUUGAAUGUCCAGACUGUUAUUUAAAUGGCUUGUUUGUUAUCUAAGACUAGUUCAUCAGGUACAUUUUGUAUGCAUGAAUUCUGAUCUCAAAGCAAUACAAGUUUUUUUUUGAAAAACUGAAAAUUUGAUGCCGCAUCUGGCUGGCAAAGCUACCCCAAUUUGGCAAGCCAUUUUCAGGAUAAAAAUACUGCGUUCUUUACACGCAAAUAUAUGGUAUGGAGUCUAAAUUAAAGAGAUGAGAAAUCCAGUCACUAUAAAUUCAUCUGUAUGGCGGGAAUGUUAAUAAACUGUGGUUUAAACUUGCCCUCACCCCGGGGUGGGAUCGAACCCUCUUAGCAAGAAAAAUCGGCUUCCAUACCCUUUAAAUUAAGCUCACUACUCUUUUUGGCCCCACACG